AUGGCGCAACCAGAUUUUGAUAGACCGGAUCAGAAAAGUGCCUCGAAUGAGACAAAUGAUGCCGACUCGGACGACGAAUUCCACGAUGCCCGUUUCCCCGCAGACGAAGAAGCUAGACUAUUAGAGGAAUCGAACAACUGCAAAGUCGAGGCAAACAAACAGUUUGUUGCUGCCGCCUAUUCAGAUGCCAUCUCCACGUACGAUCGCGCACUUGCCUCUUGUCCGAAUUACCUCGAUUACGAGAUUGCGGUGUUGAAGAGCAAUAUUUCAGCUUGUUACCUGAAACUGGAAGACUGGAAAGCGGCUGUUGACUCAGCGACUGCAAGCAUCAAAAAUCUGGAUAGAUGCCUGCCGGAGUCCAUACCAGCCGACAAAGACGACAGUACCAAAGCUUCAGACGAGGGAGCAAACGCUGUAAUCGAGCUUCCGGACGAUGAAGAAGACGAGGCGAAGCAGCUCGAGCGUCUUCAACAAAAUGAUAAGCGUCGGAAUGAUAUCAAAAGGAUCCGCGCCAAGGCAUUGAUGAGACGGGCUCGCGCAAGGACAGAACUGGGUGGUUGGGCUAAUUUGCAGGGCGCGGAAGAAGACUAUAAGGAACUGGCAAGAAUGGAUAAUCUGCCCCCGCAAGAUCAAAAAGUUGUACAACGAAGAUUACAAGAAUUACCGCCUAGGGUUCAAGCUGCGAGAGAAAAGGAAAUGGGAGAAAUGAUGGGGAAAUUGAAAGACUUAGGAAAUGGCCUUCUGAAGCCCUUUGGACUAUCAACAGACAACUUCAAAUUUGUCAAGGAUGAGCACACGGGAGGAUAUAGCAUGCAGUUUCAGCAAGGGGGUCAAUCAUAG